AUGCAGGUUCAAAAAAUGGUGAGAGAUAACAGUAAUAACGGUAGCGAUAAAAGCGUCCAUUGGGAGAGGAGGAAUAAUAACGGCGCAGGCCCCCGUUAUCGUUCCAGAAGCGGUAAUACCGGUGCUUUGGCAACAAAACUAAGUAAUGGGACGCUCUCUGUCAGAGGAUUAGUGAAGGACCGAACAGGAAGCGGCAAGAUCGCGGGCUGUGUGGAGGCGUUUCUGGAUGCCAGGACCCAAUUGAAUACGCCCUGGGACCGUGCUAAGUGCAAUUGGCUGGACCAGAUAGAUUACUAUGUACAGUUGAGAAAGACCGCGUUUUCUAAGGAAUUGGACCAACUAAGGAAGCCCAUGAUCGAUGCAUAUGUGGCGGAGAUGAGGCAGAAGUUUGAUGCCUCCUAUGGACAAUCCAGGGCGCAAUUGGAAGCCAAACUGGCGCAGGUGGACAGUGAAUGGCAUAUGGUACAUGGUGAUGUGCAUGCAAAACUGGAAAAACUCGUGGAAGAACGCCGGUUUUUGAAAAGAUUAAGCGACACGAUCGUACCACCCAGGUCCAAAAGAUCACAGCGGCUGUCUCCAUUGACCAAAGAGGACCGAGCCAACUGUAUCUGUCCGCAGCCCAAAGGAAUGAGCGACACCGCUUGGUUCGAAGCCAUUCAGAAGAAAAUGUUAGGAAUGAAUGGUACCAUCAAGCUCCUAGAGACAGAACAGAAACUACUGGCUGACGAGAAAAACAGCGUGAGGAAGACGUUCUGGCCCAUGGUGGAAGCACAUUCACGCUCGAAUGAAUUUGCUUAUCUGGAGAAAUGCAUCAGGCUGAUGGCCUCUCAGAGAGCAAUAUGCUUUUGUCUUGAUAUAGAGGCUUUCGAAACAAACCAGAACGUAAUCACCGAAAUUGGGAUUUCAAUUUAUGACCCCAGGGAAAAUAUGGUGCCGUCAAUGGUUCCAAUUACAAAGAAUUACCACCUAAUUAUCGAGGAGUCCCUGGAACUUAGAAACCAAAAAUGGGUCUGUGACUACAAGGAUUGCUACUUAUUGGGAGAAAGCUAUGUUUUGAGCUUGAAAGAGUGCGUGCAUUUCAUUCAAUCACUAAUAAACUAUUACUUGGUCCCGGUGACCGAAGAAGACAAGACAUGGUCAAGGGCAUUUGUUGGUCAUCACGUGAGCGGGGAUCUUAAGUGGCUGGAGACUAUUGGUGUCAAAUUCCCUGGCAGAGGGUAUGAAGGCCAUCUGGACCAUACGCUGCUUUUGGCUGAAACUCCCGGUGAUCUAGACGUGUUCAUCUUGGACACUGAGCAGUUUUACAGGAAAUCGUAUGGCGAAAAGGGCAGCAGUCUGGGCAAGAUUCUGCGGUUGUUCGAGAUACCGCAUGCGUUUCUACACAAUGCCGGUAACGAUGCCUACUAUACCCUGCAUUUGUUCAUGAAGUUUUGCGAUGUUAAUUUCAGGAAAAUAAGCGGCAUGGACGAUGUUCUUAAAGUAAUGGGCCAAGUAAAAGUUUGGGGAGAACGAGACGUACGAGAGCCUAAAGUGGUGCCCAUGUCGUAUGCCAUCUCCAUCGAGGAGGCAGUCAAAAAUCGGACGUACCGCAAGGGCGUCAAGAGCAGUAGGAAGGAAAGAGUCUGCCAAACGGAAUUCGGUGGGUUAACGUAUUUCGGAACUGCUAAAGACGCCUUCACAAGCACUCUUCCGACACACUAA